AUGUACAUCAUCAGGAAUGUGAUAAUCCUUUCCGAACUCGGCUAUCGCCCCAGAGGAAACAAAUUAUUUUUGGCGCCUGAUCUCUGUUCUGUCUCUCACACACACAGACACAAGAUAUACAUUUCUGUGCCAAACACUAGCAAACCUCACCCUCACCAUCUCGACUCACCAUCCUUGCUAACAGUUACCAUCGAACUUCCACCACCGACCAUCGCGGCUCUCGCCACCGUCGCUCACCAUCGCGGCCCCCCUCCCAGCCACAUUCAGCAAAAGGGCAACCAGAUGAUGGACAAGGCCAACAAUGCUGCCCAAUCUGCCAAGGAAAGCCUGCAAGAGGAUAUCAACGCUUCAUAGUGUUAAUUAUGAUCAAGAUAAUAACAUUAAAGUUUCUGAAGCAUUUUCUCAAUGCAAAGUUUCUCUUUUACUGAAAUGUGCAGCUGAAGUUUUAAAAAAAAAAUUUAAAAAUCUAUCUUUUUUUUUUUUUUUUUUUUUUUAAA